AUGGAUACUCCUCGGUUCAGGUUCGGAAGUGGUAGCAGACCGGUAGCCUCGACAUCACAGCCUAUACGGCGGAAUGGCGAAUCUUCGAGCUCGACCGGGGUCAACGAUCUGCUAGGCAAGCUUAGGCGAGUCUACCAUGGUCGACAUAGGAGGAACCUGUUGCAAAGGCAGAUCAAGGCGAACGAGACGAUCAGGCAGGACGAGGCGGAUUACGAGACUGUCAAUCAGGUGGUAGUCGAUCGGACCGUCCUCCCCUCCGAGUUACUUACAGCCCCGCCUUCCGCCUCCGGAUCGAGCUCCUCGAACGUAGGCCGUCGGCGAACCCCAGGACCUCGAGCGCCUGAAUCUUGGAAAUAUCUCGCCCCGUCUACCUCAUCACGGCCAAAUCCAGCUUCCACAUCUCAAGAUCUUUCUGACUAUGGAAAUGGACGCAAGUGGUCUGCGGAGAGGAGGAGCCAGGUGUACUCUCUCUGGGCGGAACGGGUCUUGAAGAAGCGGUUGAAUCUGGACGAGACGAUCUUGCCCAGUGGCUUGCAGCUUUGGACGGAACCCAAGCCGGGUGAAGAGGAUAGACCGCAGCCGGAAGACGAGGGUGCAUCGGGGAAAGGCGUUCGAUCUCUGGUCUCGCAUUGCUUAACGGUCUUGGCUUAUCACCUCGACCCUGUCCUUCCGGAUGAUCUUUCUACAAACGGGGUGAAAGAGUCUUCCUGGCUCACCACGGAUGAAGGCAAGAUGACGCUGCGGCAGCGGCUGAGGGUACCUCUGAUGGUUCAUGCCGCGUUUGCGGGGAGUAGCGGGUGGAAUGGGAUGUUUGAGCUGUUCGAGCCAUCGAGAUCUAUCACUCGGGACACCGGAUGGAAGACGGAUGACGAAGAAGACGGACAGGAUUGGGAUGAUUCGGGGCCCGAGGAGGAUGAGGACAACCCUGGCUCGGAAUUCGCUGCGGAAGGACUACCCGUGCUGGACCUCUCCUUCGUACCACUCCCUUCGACGGCACGUAGGCGAUUCAGCGAGAUAUGCGGCGAUGCACUCAAUUUGAGCAACUUGACUUCGUUAUCGUUUGCCGGAUGCGGGUUGGCGAUGGAAGAUAUUGUCGAACUCUUGACCCGGAAGCAGGGCGGGAGAGGUCAGGCGGGGAAAGCGAACGGGCUUUUAGGGUUGAGGCUGAAGGACCUGAGUUUGGCCGGGGUAGGAGCGAGGACCGAGGACGGGUUGAUACAGGCCUUGAAGCGGAUCUCGACCUCUUUCACCGCGCUCGAGUUUCUGGACUUGUCGUACGCGAGGUCAUUCUCGGCCGAAACCGGCAACGAGACGGGUAUGCUAGCGCUAUGUACCCUGUUCACCAAGCCGCCUUACACGGAUGCGAUGGAACGAGAAGGACUCGCCCCGGACGAUCGACCUCGUCUCCCAGCACUGAGCGUCUUGGGCUUCCGCGAAAACAUCCCGCACAUGAGGGUCACGAUACCCGUCAAGGAUUACCUGAGGGAUAUGAUCAUCGAUUUUGGGCUGAGGCGUCGAAUUGUGCUCGCCAAAAUGAGAGAGAUUCGGACGGGGGGAUAUGUAGAUGUCAUCCUCGAGUGA